AUGGAUAGAGUCGAGUGUGUGUGUGUGUGUGUGUGUGCUCGUACGGUGCUUAUGCCAACAGCAAGAAAAAAAAAAUGCAUUCCACUUUCGACUCCGCUUGACAGCUUGCAAUACCAACCGUGGUCAUCGGAAGUAGAUAAAUGCAAUCCUCUCUUGCAGACCUCUGACAGAAUAUUGGAGACGCGCCAAAACGACGAAGCGGCGCUGACUCUCUCGAUCCCACCCUCAAAUCCUGAAUCUGACAUUCAGUCCACAAAUGACGACCGCAACUCCCAAGUAAACCUCCCUCAAGCUUCCUCCAAACCUCCGACUAACAGGAUCAGACCAACGACAAGCACGCUCUACAAGCCCCAUCCCACCGAGCAGAUGAAAGCCGCGCAGUGGAUGGGCACGCGCUUGAUCCAGCUCGGCACCGUCGCCAAACCCACCAUCACGGACCCCGCGGACGCCAUCAUCCACAUCACCCACUGCACCAUCGGCGGCGCAGACCUCCACCUCUACGACGGGGAACUGAGUGACAUGCUCGCCCAGGGCGACAUCCUCGGCCACGAGGCGAUCGGCACCGUCGAGGACGCCGGCGAAGCGGUCCGCAGCAUCUCCCCGGGCGACCGCGUCAUGAUCCUCCCCGUGAUCGCCUGCGGACACUGCGAGUUCUGCAAGAGGCAGGAGUUCUCGCUGUGCGACACGACGAAUCCCUCGCGCGAGAUGGAGAGCGCGUACGGACACCGGGUGGCGGGCAUGCUGGGGUUCACACGGCUGUACGGCGGGUAUCCCGGAGCGCAGGCGGAGUACGUGCGGGUCCCGCACGCGGAUUUCUGCUGCGUCCGGGUGCCGGCGGACAUGGACGCGAAGGAGCUGCUGGGGCUGGCGCAUGUCACCACCGCUGCGUGGCAUGGGUGCGAGCUGGCGGACGUCCAGCCGGGGGAUACCGUGGGUGUUUGGGGGUGUGGGCCCGUCGGGCUAUCGGUGCAGCGGCUGGCGGUCCUGCGCGGGGCGACGAAGGUGUACGCCGUUGACAAGGACGCGGGUCGCUUGCAGAUUGCCGAAGGGUUUGGGAUGAUUCCGGUGGAUGUCGGCGUGCAUUCCGAGGUCGGGGACUAUAUCCUGUCGAUGGAGCCCCGAGGGUUGGACUGCGCGGUCGAGGCGAGUGGGUUUCGGAGUACGCAGAAACCGCAGCAUGCGGCGAUGCGGGCGAUUGGGCUGGAGCAUGACAGCAGCGAUACGGUGUCGGCGAUGAUCAAGGCGACCAGAAAGGGAGGCCAUCUCGCGCUGCUGGGGGAUUUCUUCUAUCGCACGAAUGAUUUUCCCAUUGGGCCGUUGAUGGAAAAGGGAUUGACGAUCCGGGGCGGGCAGGUCAAUUCUCAAAAGGCAUUGACCGUCGCAGAUAUGCGUGUGAACUGA